AUGAGUGGACCUGCCCCCUCGAGGAGGAUACUGCAGCCCCAAGUGCACAGGAGGUCAGGAGCAUCAGAGGUCAGGAGCAUCAGAGGUCAGGAGCAUCAGAGGUCAGGAGGCAUCAGAGGUCAGGAGCAUCAGGGUCAGGAGCAUCAGAGGUCAGGAGCAUCAGAGGUCAGGAGCAUCAGGGUCAGGAGCAUCAGGGUCAGGAGCAUCAGAGGUCAGGAGCAUCAGAGGUCAGGAGCAUCAGAGAGGUCAGGAGCAUCAGAGGUCAGGAGCAUCAGAGGUCAGGAGCAUCAGAGGUCAGGAGCAUCAGAGGUCAGGAGCAUCAGGGGUCAGGAGCAUCAGGGGUCAGGAGCAUCAGAGGUCAGGAGCAUCAGGGGUCAGGAGCAUCAGAGGUCAGGAGCAUCAGGGGUCAGGAGCAUCAGGGGUCAGGAGCAUCAGGGGUCAGGAGCAUCAGAGGUCAGGAGCAUCAGAGGUCAGGAGCAUCAGAGGUCAGGAGCAUCAGAGGUCAGGAGCAUCAGAGGUCAGGAGCAUCAGAGGUCAGGAGCAUCAGAGGUCAGGAGCAUCAGAGGUCAGGAGCAUCAGAGGUCAGGAGCAUCAGAGGUCAGGAGCAUCAGGGGUCAGGAGCAUCAGGGGUCAGGAGCAUCAGGGGUCAGGAGCAUCAGGGGUCAGGAGCAUCAGGGGUCAGGAGCAUCAGAGGUCAGGAGCAUCAGGGGUCAGGAGCAUCAGGGUCAGGGGUCAGUAGGGGGUCAGGAAUCAGGGGUCAGGAGCAUCAGGGGUAGGAGCAUCAGGGGUCAGGAGCAUCAGGGUCAGGAGCAUCAGGGUCAGGGCAUCAGGGGUCAGGAGCAUCAGGGUCAGAGGGCAUCAGGGUCAGGAGCAUCAGAGGUCAGGAGCAUCAGGGGUCAGGAGCAUCAGGGGUCAGGAGCAUCAGGGGUCAGGAGCAUCAGGGGUCAGGAGCAUCAGGGGUCAGGAGCAUCAGGGGUCAGGAGCAUCAGAGGUCAGGAGCAUCAGGGGUCAGGAGCAUCAGGGGUCAGGAGCAUCAGAGGUCACUUCAGUUUGAGUGAGUGUGAGGCCUGA